AUGAGAGAUGAGAGCUUUGAGGCGCACCGUGUCAGCAUCGGUGAUGGUCGUCUAUUGCUCAAGUCAAGGGGGCUGCUGAAAUUCACGACAGUGCUCGAAACGCGCAAGAUUUCAAGCGGGGCCAAGUUGAAGUCACGAGUUGUGAAACACGAAUGCGUGCUUGGGCGGAGCUUCACCUCAUUCGUGAUUCACGAGUCUGAGUGGUGCGCCUUCCGUGUCGCCUGGUCCGCCGCCCCAGGCAUGCAGUCCUAUACCGCGGUACAGGUCGCAGGGGUGCGGGCGCCCACUAUACAGUGGCAGGCAACAAUGACACCUCACACCGCGUCGAACCGCGCUAGUCGCGAGUCCGCCUAUGCAUGCGCACCUGGCUCCUGCAUGCAUGCACACACGCGUUCUUCCUCCCGCCCAGCGCCACAUCGAUUCGCGCAUGCUCCAAAGCCACUCAACGAGUUAAAUGCGCGGAAGCUCGGGGGUCCGAUGGGCGAGCCUUCAACCGUGCUGGACAAUUCAGUGACUGAAGGCAACAGCGAGGGGCGACAGAAGAGUUGGGUUUAGAGGUGCAACACGAUGGUCUGGCCAUUCGAAUUCUGAUUGCAUCCUCCAGAAUCUUCUCCAGCACCAUCACCCGUCCGCUUCUUGUCCCCCUUCGCCCUUUUGUUGUCCUCUCACCCUGUUCCCGCAGUCCCCACUCACAGCCUGUUCCUGUGUCUGCUCCUCCACCCGAAUUAUAUUCGAAUCGCGACCACCGGCUGCCUCUUAAGAACUCCGGCAAAGCACUUCAGGGUCCGUGCUAAGG